AUGCAUCGUCUUUUUGCUGAGCUGGAGCCAUCUUUAACCGUCUCAGAGCAAAACCUGGCAGACCGAGUUCGGUAUAUCUUACGCUCAAAUAUAUUUGAUGGCGCCGAACUCGAACGGCUACGACGUGAGGCUGUUCCCUCAUCAAAUGAAAACGCUACGACUGGGGGUGCGGUGCCACAAGUUGCAGAACAACCCGCACACGUGGAUGCCGCCGAGAAUACCCCAGUGGUUGCUGAUUCAAAUGAUGAUGGAACAUUCUCCCAGGAACUAGAAAUAGAGCAAAUGAGGAGUACAUUGGAAGAGGCGAUUAUGGAAACGCGCAGUACGCCUCUCGAAAAUCGACCGCGAAUUCCCCGCAUAGCCCUAAGCAAGCGGAAUCGGGCUGUCGUGAGGGCUCUGAACCCAAUGCUGGUUACCUAUUUGGAAGCCAGCCGGGACCUUUGCGAGACGGACUCAAUUCUCUUUGGCGCCGCACUGGCAGUCUGCCGUAUUAUAGGCGCCAAACUUCCCUCGGCUGGACGCACUACUGGACAAAGUAGUGCUAUCCCAGCCUGGAGAACAAGAAUUGAAGAACGUAUCGCAAAGGCUAGGGCCCUCAUCGAUGGCGCACCGUCAGGAUGGCGUUUGCUGGGACAAAUGUUAGUUUGUCCCAGCCGGAUAUAA